UGGUGGCAGUAAUGCGUUUGCCAACCAUUAAUCAAGACAAGAAGAAGAAAACCUGCAAAAAGACUCUUCGUCUGCGGUAGAACCAAGUAAUGUAACUCAGCUUCCUUUAGUUUGGAUGAAAGCCGAGCUCAGCUGCCCAGAAUCUGUUGAAGGAAAAUCUAAAGAGAAGCUAACAACAGAGACAUGGACCAGCUUGAGCAGCGGCAGAGUGCAACAGAGGGAGAGAUUCCCGAAGAAGCGAUGAAAGAGGACAAAGAAAAUAAGCUGCGACACGUCACGGAAGACGGUUACUACACCAAGGUUCUGCUGGACGAAUCAAAUGUUAAGCAGAUGCUGAUGGUUAAAGAAGAAGCUCCUGAAGACCACAGAUCUGUUGCUGAGCUGCAUGACCCAAAGCCGCAGCAGAUAAAGGAGGAAGAGGAGGAAAUCUGCAUCAGUUUGGGGGCAGAGCAGCUCAACGGGAAGGAGGAGACUGAUGUCACUCCUGUAAAGAGUGAGGGUGAAAUACAGUCCAUUCUGCUCUCUCAGAAUUUUUAUGACGAUAAAAUUGAAGACAGAGAUCUUCCAGAAGAGAAUGAUGAGGGAGAAUCCAUUAAGAUAGAAAAUCAUGAAGAUGGUUCCAUUUUCUCAAAGAUUGAAGUCAUUGUAAAGGAUGAAGAGGACGAUGAUGUAAAAUAUCCUGCCUCUGAACUGAAUCAUUUGCCCGACUCUGGACUGAAAACGAAGGACGAGGAUAACGACUGGACGGAGAGUAGAGCCACCGAGUCUGACGGAAACAUCUUUUCUGAGUUUGCUGAACAAUUUCUUCACCGUCACUCUAUUCAGACACACAAGACACAUUCAGAAAUAAGAUCUGCAGCCCCUGUGCAUAACAACAAAUGUUUUACAGAGAAGAAAAAUGUGGACUCGGAAAGGAAAGUCCAGGCAGGAGAGACGUUUAGCUGUGAAGAUUGUGGUAAAACCUUUAUUAGAAAAUACAAUUUUAACAGACAUAAGCGAGUCCACACAGAGCAGAAAUCUUUCUGUUGUGAGCUUUGUGAAGAAAGAUUUAACCGUAAAUCAAGUUUGAAUUUACACAUGAGAAUUCACACAGAAUACAAACCUUUCUGUUGUGAUCUUUGUGGACAAGGAUUGAGGCACAAGCGCAGUUUAAAUGCACACAUGAGAAUCCACACAAAGCAGAAACCUUUCAGUUGUGAUCUUUGUGAACAAAGGUUUAACCGUAAAUCAAGUUUAAACACACACAUGAGAAUCCACACAGGACACAAACCCUUCUGUUGUGAUCUUUGUGGACAAAGCUUUCGCCAUAAAUCAAAUCUAAGUACACACGUGAGAAGCCACACAAGACAGCAACCUUUCUGUUGUGAUAUAUGUGGACAAAGACUUCGCUAUAAAUCAAGUCUAAGCAUACACAUGAGCAUUCACGCUGGACAGAGACCCUUCUGUUGUGAUCUUUGUGGACAAAGAUUUGUCAAUACGUCACAUUUAAACUCUCACAAGAGAAUCCACACAGGACUGAAACCUUUCUGUUGUGAUAUAUGUGGGAAAAGAUUUGCCCACAAGCCACAUUUAAGUGCACACACGCGAAUCCAUACAGGACAGAAACCUUUCUGUUGUGAUUCAUGUGGUAGAAAGUUUAGCGAAAAAGGAAAGUUAAAAAGACACAUGAGAAUCCACACCUAAGGUAAGUAGCUUAUCUAGGAAUAAUGAAACUGAACUACUGCUGUUGGCUGUGAGAUAUGUGUCAUUAAAGACAGCUGUAUUCUCUUGGUUUCAGUAUUUUUCCAGUGGUUAAUUUAAACAACAUUAAAUUAAUAGCCUGUGCCAUUCCCUGUUUUUCUAUCUACAGACCAAAUUGAGCCGUGUAUUUUCAUUGCAUGUAAAUAGUUUUGUUUAAGAGAAUCGGAUCACCUUUCUGUCGUUAAGAAAGGUGAGUUCAUGGUGACCUUGAGUCAAGAAUGUCUGCUAAUCCUUGAACUAAAGCGAAUCACCAGCAGGACGAUGAUCCCAAACGCAGCAGGAAACCCAGAAAGAUCAUCCAAAGGGAAUUAAGGUUCGGCAACGGCCUAGUUAAAACCCACACCAAACCUUGGCUUUCUGAAUAAGAAAGCCGUUUCUAGUUACCGUUAUAUCCCGAGUUCAGCUUGAUUGUGAUGCAAUUAGUUUUGAUAUGUUUCAUGUCUAUGAACUAAGUCUGGACGUUUUGUUGAUUUGAUUAAAUGUGUGGAUAGAAGCUUGACUUGUUCAUUUGAGUGAGAAAGGGAAAUUCAAUUGAAUAUACUUGAGCUUUUCUAAUUGAGUAACAUAAUUAAAUCACAUCUUGGUUAUGUUGAAAUCAAUACAAUGAAGAUGCUUCUAGAAAUCAGUUUUCUAUUGCAUUAUAAGUAUAGCCAUAUUUAUUUCAGUAGUGAUUCAGUGGCAGUCAAAAGCGCAGAGUAAAAUACUUAAAAAAAUAUAUUGUAGUAAAAAUAAAGCAGAGUACAUCAAAUGGCAUCUUUUUAAGGCAGCAGACAUUCUCAGUCUGCUAAUACAUUUUAUUCAAAAGGCGCCCUUUGUAGCAUAAAGAUCACCUUACAAAGACUAAAAGAAAGCAAAAAUGUAGAGUAAAAUGACCAGUCAAGAUGCUUGUUUGAACUGUUGGGUUUUAGGGAGGAUUUAAAGGGACAGUCCCAGAGAGACCUUUGGAGGGAGUGGUGACAUCAAAUUGUGGUGAAGCCUAUUUUGCUGUAGGAGGGAGAUGUGUUGAACCACACCAGUGGGGGCCAGUACAUUCGUUAGGCACAUAUAGGUUGCAUAUUCACAGAAUGGUAAAGGCGUGUUCAUCUACAGAAAACUUGCUCUGGGCUUUAGGGAGGCCAUCCAGCCAGCCGCCAUGGUUUUGAGUUAAAAAGUUUUUAAAGUUGACAGGAAGUUUGAAAAUGUUGCUUGAUAUUGGAAGACUGGAAGAUUACUACCUAGACACUACCUUUAAAGUCUUAAAAAAAAUGGCUAUAAUAAAAAAAAGCUAAGAUAAAUUAACAAUUAGCUUGGUGGAGAUACAAGUAAAGCCUGGCGGCCCGCCAGGCUUAUAAUACACUGUGGGAAACUCUGGACAGUCAGAGUUGGGAAACGGCGAGUGUGCCAGCCAUCCAGUAACUUUAUUCUUUUUAAAACUUUAUAUAUAUAAAGAUGAGUAUCAUAUAUCUGAUCGGGAAAAUAGCCAGUAGGAAAAUUGUUAUGAGGAAAUGGGGACAGGUGGAUCUCCAUUGCCCAGAACAACAGAUUGAAAUAGUAAGUAAAAAAAUCUACAUAAUGGAUUUAUUGUUAUUGCUUGUAUUCAUGUUGCAUUUGUUGUAAAUUGACGCUUUAACAAAUUAAACUUUAUCAAUAAAAAUCUGAUUUUGCAUUACCACAUACGCAAAUAAUGGGUGAAGUAACAAAGAAUCAUGUUGGGCUUUUGUAGACUGUAAAAAGCAUGAACAGAGGUGCAUUUUUCAUAUAUCAUUUAUUUUAUUAAACAAAAUCUCAGUAAAAACUCUUUAUGAAAUAGAAAGCAAGAUUUCCCUGUCAGUAGUUCGCUGGCCAUCCGGACUCCGUCAUCUCAUCCCCAACAAUCCUCCUUGUGAUUUCAACCACAGCUACAGAUCAGUUUCUUAUUAAAAUUUCACUUCAAACAAACAAA